GGCUUGUGGACGCCUGGCUAGUGAAGAGGAGGCUGCCAGCCCGCUUCGGCGGGCCUGCGCCCACUGCUGUUCUCAGGGCCUCCUAGCUGAGCCCGAGGUUCACGCCGAGAGGGACACGCAGUGACUUGCGACUGAGGCAGCUUUGCGGUUUUGUAUUGCAUCCCUGAGCAUGAGCGCAGAAUGAAGCGGCGUUUGGAUGACCAGGAGUCACCGGUGUAUGCGGCCCAGCAGCGGCGGAUCCCUGGCAGCACAGAGGCUUUUCCGCACCAGCACCGGGUGCUCGCCCCUGCCCCUCCCGUGUAUGAAGCCGUGUCUGACACCAUGCAAUCAGCCACGGGCAUUCAGUACUCGGUGACACCCAGCUAUCAGGUUUCUGCUGUACCACAGAGCUCCAGCGGUCAUGGGCCAGCCAUUGCAGCGGUUCACAGCAGCCAUCAUCACCCCUCAGCGGUACAGCCCCAUGGGGGCCAGGUGGUCCAGAGCCACACGCACCCCACCCCACCAGUGGCACCCGUGCAGGGACAGCAACAGUUUCAAAGGCUCAAGGUGGAGGAUGCGCUCUCCUAUCUUGACCAGGUGAAGCUGCAGUUUGGUAGUCAGCCUCAGGUCUACAAUGACUUCCUUGACAUCAUGAAGGAAUUUAAAUCUCAGAGCAUUGACACUCCAGGAGUGAUUAGUCGGGUGUCCCAGCUGUUCAAAGGCCACCCAGACCUGAUCAUGGGCUUCAAUACCUUUUUGCCCCCUGGCUACAAAAUUGAGGUGCAAACCAAUGACAUGGUGAAUGUCACAACUCCUGGUCAGGUUCAUCAGAUUCCCACCCAUGGCAUACAGCCUCAGCCUCAACCACCACCCCAACAUCCGUCCCAGCCUUCAGCACAGUCAACCCCAGCUCCUGCCCAGCCUGCUCCUCAGCCUCCACCUGCCAAAGUUAGCAAGCCUUCUCAACUACAAGCACAUAAUCCAGCCAAUCAGCAGACUCCCCCACUUCCACCAUAUGCAUCACCACGUUCCCCGCCAGUCCAGCCUCACACACCAGUGACAAUCUCAUUGGGAACAGCCCCAUCCUUGCAGAACAAUCAGCCUGUGGAGUUUAAUCACGCCAUCAACUAUGUUAAUAAGAUCAAGAAUAGGUUCCAGGGCCAGCCCGACAUCUACAAAGCGUUUCUGGAGAUUUUGCACACGUAUCAAAAAGAGCAGCGAAACGCCAAGGAAGCUGGGGGGAACUACACCCCUGCGCUGACAGAGCAGGAAGUGUAUGCCCAAGUGGCGCGGCUCUUUAAAAAUCAGGAAGAUUUACUGUCAGAGUUUGGACAAUUCCUACCAGAUGCCAACAGCUCGGUGCUCUUAAGCAAAACAACUGCUGAGAAGGUGGAUUCCGUGAGAAAUGACCAUGGAGGCACUGUGAAGAAGCCCCAACUGAACAACAAGCCACAGAGGCCCAGCCAGAAUGGCUGCCAGAUCCGCCGGCACUCUGGGACAGGCACAACCCCUCCCGUGAAGGUGGAAACACUAGAUGGGGUCCUACAAUGCCCCACCUCCUUUCUGCUCAGUCAGUGUAAGAGGCUAUGGCUCCUACGAGGGCACCUGAGGUUCCACAGGAAAUUUCCGGAAUUGUUUAAUUGGUUUAAAAACUUUCUGGGCUAUAAGGAGUCUGUGCAUCUGGAAACCUUCCCGAAGGAGCGAGCCACCGAGGGCAUCGCCAUGGAGAUAGAUUAUGCCUCCUGUAAACGGCUGGGCUCCAGCUAUCGAGCCUUGCCCAAGAGCUACCAGCAGCCCAAGUGUACAGGACGGACUCCUCUCUGUAAAGAGGUUUUAAACGACACCUGGGUUUCCUUUCCUUCCUGGUCUGAGGACUCGACCUUUGUGAGCUCCAAGAAGACCCAGUAUGAAGAGCAUAUCUAUCGAUGUGAAGACGAACGCUUUGAGCUUGAUGUCGUUUUAGAGACCAAUCUGGCAACAAUCCGGGUUCUGGAAGCAAUACAGAAGAAGCUUUCCCGCUUGUCUGCUGAAGAACAAGCCAAAUUUCGCUUGGACAACACCCUUGGUGGCUCGUCAGAAGUCAUCCAUCGAAAAGCACUCCAGAGGAUAUAUGCCGAUAAAGCAGCUGACAUAAUCGAUGGUCUGAGGAAGAACCCCUCCAUUGCUGUCCCAAUCGUGCUUAAAAGGUUGAAGAUGAAGGAGGAAGAAUGGCGGGAAGCUCAGAGAGGCUUUAACAAAGUGUGGAGAGAGCAAAAUGAGAAAUACUACUUGAAGUCUCUGGACCACCAGGGCAUCAACUUCAAACAGAACGACACCAAGGUCCUGAGGUCUAAGAGCUUACUGAACGAGAUCGAGAGUAUUUAUGAUGAGAGGCAAGAGCAGGCUACGGAAGAGAAUGCUGGUGUCCCCGUCGGCCCCCACCUCUCGCUUGUCUAUGAAGACAAACAAAUCUUGGAGGAUGCUGCUGCUUUGAUUAUCCACCAUGUGAAGAGGCAGACAGGCAUUCAAAAGGAGGACAAAUACAAAAUCAAGCAAAUCAUGCACCACUUCAUUCCAGAUCUGCUCUUUGCUCAAAGGGGGGAUCUCUCCGAUGUGGAGGAAGAGGAAGAGGAAGAGAUGGAUGUGGAUGAAGCCACUGGGGCGGCUAAGAAGCACAAUGGUGUUGGGGGCAGCCCCCCUAAGUCCAAGCUGCUGUUUAGUAACACUGCAGCUCAGAAAUUAAAAGGGAUGGAUGAAGUCUACAACCUCUUCUAUGUCAAUAACAACUGGUAUAUUUUUAUGCGACUGCACCAGAUUCUCUGCUUGAGGUUGAUGCGGAUUUGUUCCCAAGCUGAACGGCAAAUUGAAGAGGAAAACCGCGAGAGAGUAUGGGAGCAUGACAUGCCGGGGGUCAGGCGAGACAAGAGUGACAGCCCUGCCAUCCAGCUGCGUCUCAAAGAACCUAUGGAUGUUGAGGUAGAAGAUUAUUAUCCAGCUUUCCUGGACAUGGUGCGGAGCCUACUGGAUGGCAACAUCGACUCCUCGCAGUAUGAAGAUUCGUUGAGAGAGAUGUUCACCAUUCAUGCCUACAUUGCCUUUACCAUGGACAAGCUGAUCCAGAGCAUUGUCAGACAGCUGCAGCACAUUGUGAGCGAUGAGAUCUGUGUGCAGGUGACAGACCUUUACCUGUCAGAGAACAGUAACGGGGCCACUGGAGGCCAGCUGAGCACACAGACUUCAAGGAACCUUCUGGAGUCAACAUAUCAGAGGAAGGCCGAGCAGCUCAUGUCUGAUGAGAAUUGCUUUAAGCUUGUGUUCAUCCAGAGCCAAGACAAGGUUCAGUUGACUAUUGAGCUUCUGGACACGGAAGAGGAGAACUCGGAUGACCCUGUGGAAGCAGAGCGCUGGUCAGACUACGUGGAGCGUUACAUGAACUCUGAUACUACCUCUCCUGAGCUCCGUGAGCAUCUGGCACAGAAACCAGUGUUUCUCCCAAGGAAUCUGCGGCGCAUUCGCAAGUGUCAGCGUGGCCGAGAACAGCAGGAGAAGGAGGGGAAGGACGGCAACAGUAAGAAGACCAUGGAGAACGUGGAGAGCCUGGACAAGCUGGAGUGCAGGUUCAAGCUCAAUUCCUACAAGAUGGUGUAUGUGAUCAAGUCCGAGGACUACAUGUAUCGAAGGACCGCCCUGCUCCGGGCACACCAGUCCCAUGAGCGGGUAAGCAAGCGGCUCCACCAGCGGUUCCAGGCCUGGGUAGAUCAAUGGACCAAGGAGCACGUGCCCCGGGAAAUGGCAGCAGAGACCAGCAAGUGGCUCAUGGGUGAGGGGCUGGAGGGCCUGGUGCCCUGCACCACCACGUGUGACACAGAGACUCUGCAUUUUGUGAGCAUCAACAAGUAUCGUGUCAAAUACGGCACAGUGUUCAAAGCCCCGUAACUGCACAGCUACAGCAGAAACCUGAGGGGGGAGCGUGUGGGGGGGGGCACGUGCCCUCGAGUGCGCUGGAGAAACAAGGAAGAUGCCUUUCAAGCCUCACUGGGCCUCUGGGACAUGGCCACCUGACGUGUGUGGCUGGUGCAACCUGGUACCCAGUAGGCUGCCUAUAAGGAACAUGGAUACCUUAAUGUUGGAGUUGGAACUUUUCCUAAGGGGUUUGGGCCACUGGCUGCCCUGGAGGGAAGAAGGAUAGCACUGUGCAAGCACAGACCUGCCGCUGGCUUGCAGACACCAGCGGGUGAAGACGGAGUCUCCCGUGGCCUGACCUUCAGUGAGGGAACCCACGGGAGUGCAUUCACAAAACAGACGGGAAGGACUUAAGGCUUAGAUGGAUUGUCACUGAUGGUCACAGCUCCCGCCCCUUCCCCCCAAUAGGAAAGACAAAACAAAACUGGAUUUUUAAUAUCCCACCCCCGCCACUCAGAUGUAGGUCCCCCACUAGGUUUUAUCUGGGACCCGCAUUUUGGGCUUUGAGGUUGAUCAUCUUGUGGAUUUGAUUUCUGAUGAAUCCUUUGCUGCCCACCCUUCUAUCUCUGGUUCUCAACCUCAAGUUCCCAUCAGUCCUUUUCCGCUCCCGUGGAACUGUUUUGUACCUGCUUGUCCACUAGUCUACCCUAGUGCCAGCACCAGCUUUACACACUGACAUGCGUGUGCACGCACACACACUUUUAACUUUUUUUUGUAAAUACUGUACAUACUGUCAAUUUUUUAUUAAAAGAAAUAUGCUUUGAUGUGCUAGCAUAACUGCUCUAGCUUCUUGUGUACCAUAGUACUAUGUGGCUUCAGAUUUAGUACCUAUGAACAGAUGUACAAGACAUUUAUCACACUUUUUACCAAAGGGAGUUACCGUUGUAGUACUUUUGUGUAAAAUUUGUCUUUGUCCCUCUCACCCCAACUUUUUUUUUAAUGUAAAUAAAUAAAGCUUGGUUCUUAAGGAAUACAUUCUCAGCCCAAGUCCCUUGUCCUCGCCAGAGAACGACUGGGAAGCAAGGAUUUGGGCUUCCUCUUCUCAGCCCAGGGUCAAGGCAGGAUUUUUGCUUUAAAUUAUAGUUAACAGUUACUUGGACUCACCCAAAUCAAGAGAUUCCAGAUUUUUAAAACGGCAUACUUCAUUCUUUUAGUACUCCUACCCCCUCAAUCCCUUUGUUCAACUGUUGGGAAAAUCCUUUAUAUUUGGGUGAGUUGUCGAGCUAUACAUAGUUUGUAUUUCUAUAUAUUUUUUCUUAUCACUGAGAGUAGGAGUGAACAUCUUAAAUACCAAACCAGUAUUUGAAACAAGUGUGUAAAAGGUGUGUGCUAUAAAUGGGAGGUUUGAUACAUUUCAUUAGCUAACUGCAAAUGAGAUCUCUAUUUUUAACGACAUGACUCUAGACGGGCAGAUAUUUCACACAAACACUGAGGGUUUUAAUGUGCUCAGCCUGGACUUUCUCAACACAGACCUGCUGGAACCCUUCCCAGGGCUCUGGUGGACGUUUCUCCAGCAACCAUUGCCUGAGUCGGAGUUGUAUAGUCACUAACAGUGUUGUGUUUUUUUGUUUGCUUUUUAAUUAAAAAAUCCCAAACCACA